ACAACUUCCUCAUUUUUUUCUGGUUACAUUAGUCAGUCAAACAACUAAGCAAACCAGACCGAGCUGCAUUGUUUAUUAGAGAACCUCCCCGUUAAGCAGACCGGAACGGAGCAUUUUAUUUCCAAUGGUAAACGGCUUGAGUGAACUAUCUUUUAUUUUUCCACUAUCUUUGGCAAUAGUACAUUUCACUUCUCUCCUCGGAUUUUGACAGCAGGAUUGAUACGUUUUCAGAAAAUAGGAUUAAAGCCACUCGCUAAGAGUGUUGCCGUUGACUAGGGCCUGAGCCACUGUACCAGCCUUGUUUUUAUUGUCUUCAAGACGUCUAUUUUCUGCAUACCCAGAAUGACACAGAUUGGAUUAAACACAGAGGACUGAUCCAAAGAGGUGUGUCGCGAGCAGGUAAAACCGAGAGCCUGGGGCAAAGAAGAAAGAAAAGACAAGGAAUGAUGACUUACAACAACAGAGAACUGGUGGUGUACUAUAUCACCUAUAAACUAUCACAGAGGGACUACCCCUUCAACCACAUGGAGCUCACAGAAGCCCAGAAUCGGACUGAGGGAGGACAGGUGGAAGGGGGUGCGGCAGUCAUGACAUACGUCUAUGGGACGAGUCCUGGUACUCCUCCACCACGGCAGUCGCCCCCCUCCUCCCCUCGGCGGACAGCGGGCCUGGACGCAGUGAAAGAGGCAUUGCGGGACUCUGCCAACGAGUUUGAGUUGCGUUAUGCCAGAGCUUUCAGUGACCUGUCCUCCCAGCUACACAUCACGCCGUCCACAGCCUAUCAGAGCUUUGAGAACGUGAUGGACGAGGUGUUCCGGGACGGUGUCAACUGGGGACGGGUGGUGGGCCUGUUUGCUUUCGGAGGGGCCCUCUGUGUAGAAUGUGUGGACAAGGAGAUGAACCCCUUGGUGGGAAGGAUCACAGACUGGAUGACCGUCUAUCUGGACAACCACAUCCAGCCCUGGAUCCAGAGCCAAGGAGGAUGGGACCGGUUUGCAGAGAUCUUUGGGAUGGACGCUGCAGCCGAGAGCAGGAAGUCUCAGGAGAGCUUUAAGAAGUGGUUUCUGGCGGGGAUGACCCUGGUCACGGGAGUCGUCGUAGGGUCACUCUUCGCUCAGAAACGCCUGUGAGAACGACAGCCACAACAGACGCCGUCUUGUACGAGGUGGAAUGAAGGAAUUAGUUUAACUUUUCUUAUUUCUCCUUUUUAAUUUCCAAGAAAAUACAUGAUUAUGUUUGAACCUUCCAUCCCACCAUACACUGAGGACUCUGACAAACUGUUGAGAUUAAGGACAGCGUGACGGUCACUUAUGUUACCCUCAUCAAAGACCUCCCUGCAACACCCUAAAAACACCAGAAAAUGGAGGGAGGUAUCUAGAACUGUCUUGACCUCCCUGCAACACCCUAAAAACACCAGAAAAUGGAGGGAGGUAUCUAGAACUGUCUUGGGCCAAACCUUCCUGUUUUCCCCUUUAGUUUACUCUUUCCUGUUGACCUUUUCUCCAAUUGCUGUAUUAAUUAGUUGUUUUUUUUUACAAAUGUAAAAGUGAUUCAGAAACAAGCUAGCGCAUCAUAUUAGGCGCAUUGGCCUGAAAUUAGUGAGGUAAUUUAAAUUGUUGUGUGUGUUCAUUGGUUUGUUUUUUUUGUUGUUUUUUUACCAUUAAAACCCACGUGAUCAUU